CCCAGUAACCCACCCACCCCCCGCACGGCCGCACCCUACGACCCCGCCGCCUCGCCGCCGCGUCAAACAACGGCGCAACGCAGCAGCCCAUGGCUUUCACCUCCCAAUCCCUAAUCUUCCGGGCACCCGCCUCCCUCCCCAGCGGCCGCCUCGCCGCCCCAGGUCGUGUCGCCGUCCGGGGCCGCGGUGCCGCGUUCCCUUCCGCCGCGGCCGCCUCCACGCCGAUGGCGAAGUCGGACGGCGACGAGAAGGAGAUGAAGCUCUGGGGCGGGCGCUUCGAGGAGGGCGUCACGGACGCCGUGGAGCGCUUCACGGAGUCCAUCUCCUACGACUGGCAGCUCUACAAGUACGACAUCAUGGGCAGCAAGGCUCAUGCCACCAUGCUCGCCUCCCAGGGUUUGAUAACUGCUGGCGAUAGGGAUAUCAUCUUAGAGGGUCUCGAUCAGAUUGAGACGUUGAUUCAAGAAGGCAAGUUUGAGUGGAGAAAGGAUCGGGAGGAUGUGCAUAUGAACAUUGAAGCAGCUCUGAUUGAGAGGGUUGGUGAGCCUGCGAAGAAGCUGCACACUGCUAGGAGCCGCAAUGACCAAAUUGUGACGGAUCUAAGGCUAUGGUGCCGUGAUGCUAUUGACAAGAUCUUGAUUCGUAUCAAGCAGUUUCAGGUGUCCUUGGUUACAUUAGCUUCAAAAUAUGUUGACUUGAUAGUCCCUGGUUAUACUCAUCUGCAAAGGGCACAGCCUGUUUUGCUGCCACAUCUUCUCUUAUCAUAUGUUGAACAGCUGGAGCGUGAUGCUGGUCGUUUGGCCAACUGCAGGGAGAGAGUGAAUUUCUGCCCUCUUGGAGCUUGCGCUUUGGCUGGAACUGGACUUCCCAUCGACAGGUUUCAGACCGCUAAAGAUUUGAAGUUUACAGCUCCGAUGAAGAACAGCAUUGAUGCAGUAUCAGACCGUGACUUCGUAUUGGAGUUUCUUGCUGCCAAUUCAAUCGCUGCUGUCCAUCUUUCUCGAAUUGGUGAAGAAUGGGUUCUUUGGGCAUCGGAGGAGUUUGGGUUUCUGACACCAAGUGACAAAGUUUCAACGGGAAGUAGCAUCAUGCCACAGAAGAAAAAUCCGGAUCCAAUGGAGCUUGUUCGUGGGAAGUCUGCUAGGGUUGUUGGAGAUCUCAUGACUGUGCUAAUCCUCUGUAAGGGCCUUCCACAGGCCUACAACCGUGAUCUUCAGGUGGGCCUCAUUCUCAUAAGUAUAUCCAUGCCUAUAUUAGUGCAUAUUCUUAAACUUUUUUUUUCUUUUGAGCAGGAAGACAAGGAACCGUUGUUUGAUAGCGUGAAGGCCAUAUUAGGAAUGCUUGAAGUUUGCACGGAGUUUGCUCAGAACAUUUCUUUUAAUUCAAAAAGAAUACAACGUUCCUUGCCAGCUGGUUAUCUGGAUGCAACGACAUUAGCGGAUUAUCUUGUGAAGAAGGGAGUUCCAUUCAGAACUUCUCAUGAGAUAGUCGGAAGGUCUGUUCAACUAUGCGUCACCAAGAACUGUCAACUAGCUGAACUUCAACUGGAUGAUCUAAAAGCCGUUCAUCCAGCGUUCGAGGCCGACGUGUACGAGUAUUUGGGGGUUGAAAAUGCUGUAAACAAGUUCAUAUCUUAUGGCUCCACUGGUUCAAAUCAAGUAAAGAAGCAGCUCGAGGAUUGGCGCAUCCAGCUCGGGAUCAGCUCAUAAGGAUUGGUAUGAAACAAGAAAUAAGCUGGCAAAUCAGUGCUUGCAAGUUUUGAACGUGUAUCUGAAUGUCAUGAACUUUCUUUGCGUAUCAGUCCGUGCCUUGUGGGAACUGGAAUGCGUGAUACAAUUGUCAAUUGUGUUGGGUACCCCUGACCCUGAGUCACCAUUGCGCCUAGCUUUGGUUUAAGCAGAGUAAUCUUAUUCUGUUCCAUGACUUCAUGUUGUGAAAAAAAUGGGGAUUAAUGUACCUCAUCUCUCUCCA